AUGCACUCUGGGCUGGUGAGUCAGGGGGUCAGUAAGUCAGAUGUCUAUGACCCAGGCACCAGGAAAUCAGUGGCAGUACCACCAGCCACAGCUGUCCAGAAAGUUGCAAAGUUAGAUGACCUAGACUUCGAGGAGGGACAACCUGUGCUGCGCAUGAGUGACCUGAAAAUGCCAGCAGAGAUGGAUUUAGAACUAAUCCCUUCUGACUAUCCAAAAGCUGACACCAUUUUCCGAAAGAAAUUUCAAAUGGAUGUAAGAUAUUCUAGUUGGUUACCAGUAAGGGGUUCAGGAUAUUUCCAGAUGCCUGGCCAGAAACUGGCUCUUAGAGCUGUCAACUGUUUGAUCCUGGUGAUUCAGUUUUUUAAAUUCUCAGUGGAAGAAAAGAGUAAGAAGAGCCAUUCAUUUCAUGUGUCUUCAGGUCUCCAUGAAAAGCACAGCUCAUGCUCAACUAUAUUUUUAGAUGGGAGUACAAUUUGCCAGCCUAAUCCUAAAAUCACCAUGCAAUGCCUGGGAUUAGCAAUAUAUUACCACAUUAAGAACAGAGAUACAAACAGAUCCAAAGAUAUUUUUGAGGAGCCAUUGCAUCCGUUAACAGAAGAAAGUGUUCCAGAGGAAUAUUUUUACCAUAAUCCUGAUCCUGAAUCUAUUUACAGAUUCAUUUAUCCUAUUUUCACUGCCUUUAAGCUAACUGGUGAAUUUGCAAUAACAACUUUGGUUUACAUAGAAAGACUUGUGAUUUAUGCCGAAAUAGACAUUAGUCCCACAAACUGGAAACGAGUUGUUUUGGGGGCCAUUCUUCUCUCCUCCAAGUAUUUGGAUGAUCUGGCUAUAUGGAAUGUGCACUUCUGCAGAAUCAUCAAGGGCCUUACCCUUAAAGACCUGAAUGAGUUGGAAAGGCAGUAUAUCUAUCUACUGCAGUUUAAUCUUUGUGUCUCUACCAGUGUCUAUGCCAAAUACUAUUUUGACCUUCGGUCCUUAGCAAGUUACCACGGACUGCCUGUUGUACUUGCUCCUCUUCGAAGAGAAAGAGCCCAGAAGCUGGAGGCCAUUUCCAGAUAUUGUGAAAACCCUAGCAUGUUCAAUGUGGAUGUAAAAAAAUCUAGCAGCUGUGAUAAUUUUACUGAUAUGCAUCAUGCCAAUGCCAUCUUAUCUUAA